UAUGGUGUCACACCCACAGCACCGCUAGCACAGUUACGUAGAACUGGGAUUUUCUAUGUCUUUCUGCGCAUCGUCCUUUGUCACCUUUCAGCCUCAGCAGUAUUCUCUGGAAUUCCGAUAAGUCUGCUUUCUCUCUCAACCAAGAUGCGUGUUCGAUAAGGGAAAUCGAAAGUGGGGAGGCUUACCGCGCCUAGCAGGAGCCUCGCUGUCAUUCGGAGAAGGUGCACGUGUUUAAUCACCGGAUUACGUGGACAUUUGUCAGAUGCUGUAACUACGUGUAAAAUACGUCAAUACCGUACUCUAUUUAUAAAUAUGACACUCGAAUACAUUUGACGUGUAACGUAAAUUAGUGGUAUGGUCAGUGGCAUUUAGUCAGUGGAUUUAUAUUUAGUUAGUGACACACACGUUGGUGAAAUAUUGAAGCGUGUUAAAAGUGUUUCUGACCAGGAAACCUGUUGGAAUUAGACAACUGUUAAUGUUAUGACAAGGCCCCCGAGUGUGCGUACAGCUGCUGCAUACAAUGUACCUGCGAGACAUAGACUGGAGUACAUUGUAAUGUAAACAAUACGGGUCAGUCGGAAUAACUCUGCUGAGCCAUCCCCACGUAACUGUCUGGAGCUUGUCUAUGUAUAAAAGAAUGAACACAGUCCGGGUAUGAGACCACCGGGUCCAGCCGCCAUCUUGUAUUCUAUCAUCUGCUUCAGUCUGCUUCACCUUCAACGUUCCAUGGCGUCUCUUGUACCUCAGGCACAUUUCUGCGACUCGGGGAUAUGUGCCAGCUUGCCUGUAAGGCGGAGGAGUGUGGACCAGGUUUCUGAAGAAGUCCCCCCGACACCCUCGGCCUAUAUCAAAUUACCACUCAACUCCAGUGGGUUUCUGGACAGACUACUGGACACAGCGCCUUGUCCACCCAUCCCGCGCGUCCAGCUUCUAUGCGAAUCGUGGUCAACGAAGAGCGACCAACUGACCUGUGAGGAGAGGUCGCGGAUUCUCUCCAGGUGUGUGGACAGUUUACCUGUUGGUGACGUUUGUGGGGUGAUUAGGAAAUGUGCAUUCACUUGUAAAGCCUUUGGAUUACUUAGGGAUUUACAUUGUUCCAAAAGUCCAUCCAUACGGGAUAUGUUGACGUCGGUUAGUGUCACCACUUCCGUUAUUAUGACAACUUAUGAUGUUAAUGCAACAAACGGUUCUGAUUGGUCAGCAACUACAAAAAGUCCAGGUGUAGAUGUGUUUGUUGGUGAGGAUGACGGUAGACUGCCGGGAGAGGUCGUCAUCGUACUCAUCGCUGUCUGUGUGUUCGGAUUUAUUUUCCUUCCCCUCGUCGUAUAUUAUCUACUCAAUAGGGACAACAGGACGGUGAUAUCUCGCUGUUGUGGUGCGAUGUGGUCAUGCUGUACACGAGGACUGUGGUCUUGGUGUAAAACCAAAGUUUGUCCAACUCACGAACGGUUCACCAACGACGAUCACAAGAAAGACGAGGUUGUCGAGGAGAUAGUCGCCAUUACUCCUAUGACUGCUGUAGAACUGUCACCUGUCAGAAACACCCCGGCUAGGUCGCUCACCAGCGACAGUGGAAUCGGUAUCGGUUUUGAUCUAGACUUUCCAGAAGCAGAUUCACAAACACCGGACGAUUACAGAAAUACUCCCUGGAUACAACGAAGAAGUUUACUGGUUGAUACCGACUUUGAUUUAGAUUGGUCACAUCUUUAACCUGUUAACGACACUUUUUUUGUAUUAAUAUUAUCAAUAAAUUAACUCAAUUUGAGUUUAUAAUUAUUUUUCAUGUAAUAUAUUACAAUUCGAGCAUAAUACUAUAAUGGUCUAAAUGAGAUGACGAUACAUGAAUUGUCAGUGUGGUGCUAAUGUAUACUAGCAUACAGUGUUGUGUAUUGACCCAUAUCAGGAGGCCUGUAUGUAUAUUAAUAUUUGUUUGUAUGAUGGUGUGUGUGUGUGCCAUAAAGGCAUUACAUAAUAUCAUGACAUGUUUAAAGGGAGAUUACUCUGUUGUUAUGCAUAUGUUCUGGGCAUAUCAAAGUAGUAUUGAUGUUACGAGUUCCGUUACUUGCUUUGUACAAUAACAUGAAGAUAUAGAAUCAUCAAGCAAUAUUUUCCAUGUUGUAGCUACCAGUAUGAUGAAAAUGUGAUCAUAUAAUAGGAAUUAUGCUGUGGCCUUGGCAAAACCAUUUUUUUUUGCUAAGCAAUAAACGAGGCGUUAAAACCAGACUUUCUUGGUGGUUGAAAAAUAACACGUCACAGAUUAUCGAACAAGUGUAUCUGUAACACGUCACAGAUUAUCGAACAGGUGAACCUGAACACGUCACAGAUUAUCGAACAGGUGUAUCAGUAACGCGCUACAGAUUAUCGAACAGGUGUAUCAGUAACACGCUACAGAUUAUCGAACAUGUGUACCCUGUAUGAUAGGGAUUAAAAUAUGAUGUAUUUUGUAAUUUUAAUUUAUAUUUUGUAUUGUACAAUUGUCUAGCUGAACAUCUCGGUUUAAUUUAUAUUUUAUAUUGUACAAUUGUCUAGCAGAACAUCUCGUUUUAAUUUAUAUUUUGUAUUGUACAAUUGUCUAGCUGAACUUCACGUGCAUAUUGUUAUAUUUGUGUACCAAUUUCAAUGUCAUUAUGAUGUCCGCUCACACAAGCUACCUUAGGUGUUUUUGUUUGUGUCCCUGAUAGAUGUAGCCUAGUUUUAACCGAUCCUGUUUUAUUUAUAUAUAUAAUGACGGUUAAUGCGUCCUACACAAACUGUCAAUGAAUGCUGAGGUAUUUCUGCCCAUCCUCAGUCGUUGAUAAACUUCGUUUUCUAACUUAAAGUGUAUUCGAAAUUUAAUUCAUAUACUCCAUUUUCAAAACAAAUUAGAACCAACUUCUAUGACAUUUCUGUAUGUAAAGCCACGCUUUCGUAUAGGUUUCUUUGUUUCUUGCAGCAUUUAUUUUCAAUUUAUACCUUACCUUAGGACCCGGGACACAGUAUAAGAUUGUUUUACUGAUGUUAUAUAUAAUUGAAAGAAAGGUAUCAGGCUACUUGCUUAAAAGCAUACUUAUAAAGAAUCAGCCUUACACUUAUGUACAUGUAGUACUGUGGCGCCACAAUCCGGGCUUACCUUACCGUCAGAGAUGAUAAAUUUGUACCUGUACAUACGGCUAGCUCAUGUAGCCGGACAAUGUACAUCAUCUCAUUGUCGUUUGCUCUUAUCAAAUAUAUCAUGUUUUUGUAAUUUCAA